AUGCUCCGCCUGCUCGAGGCCGCGUGGUUACCGGGCAGCAGGAGGUGGCGAAGGGAGCGCCAACGCGGCAGCAGCGAUGGCAACGACGGCACUGUAGGAGUUGCCGGCGUCAGCGGCGGUGGCGCAGCGCGGAACGGUCGCAUCGACGCCAACAACGCGGAUACCCGCGGCUCGCUUUCCGCGAACGCACCAGCGCCUUCCACGGGGCCCUGUUCUCCGGCACCAUUAGAAGCAGAAGAAGUUGUUCAUGGCGAUGCUGCUACUGCUGUUACCGCCGCCGACGCUGCUCUGGCUGCCUCCCCCAGACAUGCAACAGCUGCUGUCACCGCCACAGCUACUCCGGCUGAUCCUGAGCUACCGGGAGCAAACGGUGACGCAGCAGAAGAAGAAGCGUCAGCAGCGGCGAAUGCGGCGGCCGAGGAGGACGACCCGGCCAGGGCUUGCGACACGGGAGAGUGGUCGACGGGUCAAGCGUGCAUCGUGUGCUUCAGCGACUACGAGCCCGGAGACCGGUUGGCCCGCCUGCCGUGCCGGCACGUAUACCACGCGCAGUGCAUCGACGAGUGGUUGGACCGGGCUAAACUCCCUAGCUGUCCGCUGUGCAAGACGGACCUCCGCCAUGCCACGCCCCCCGAUGAUCGUUCUAGGAGCAUCUCUACUGUUGGUGGGGCCGGUACAAGUGUCAAUGCUGCCAGAGUUGGAGGAGGCAGCGGUGGCGGGGAGGGGGUCGAGUUCACGGGCGACAACGCCGUGUAAAAAGCAAAAUCGGUGGUGUUCUUUUUGUCUGUUCGAUUUCGGUGGGAUGAACAAGGGGUCAUGUGUGUGUAUACGUGCUUGACCAGCAUGAAAUGGCGGUGCGAAACGUUUUGAGUAUGCAUCCUUGCUUCGCAGGUGUAGUGGGAGUGCAUGAAAUCUACAUAUCAGUAUGUGGCAGCGUUGGGAGUAUCGUCUACAGUGCAACAAAGAAUAGAAGAUAGACGACGCAGUUCUCGGCGAGGUCGUAGCUUCCGCCCACAACAGCUCGAAUGGAAGAAGGGCUACGAGUAUUGUCGACAUGUCGACUGUAGAGGUCAUGGGAGAUGUUGGCAAGGCUGGCACGGGGCCGGGGGGGGA